GUCCUAGACUUUUCGUCAAUUCUGAUUCCAUGCUGUUCUAAGAAUGUAGGAUUGUCUUGUGAACUUGUGGGACUGACGAACUUCUGACCAAGUUUUUUGUGACCAAGGAAAUCUGGUGAAGUAUGCGAGACCUAACUGCACAAGUAACCAGCAGUCUGCUGCGGUUUCCAGAAGUGACUAUUCAAGCCCUUGGAGAAGAUGAAAUAACAUUAGAGUCUAUACUUCGGGGAAGAUUUACUGGAGGCAAGAACGGAUUAGCUUGCCUGGCUUGUGGUCCACAACUUGAAGUAGUAAACUCUAUUACUGGAGAGCGGUUGUCUGCAUAUAGAUUUAGUGGGAUAAAUGAACAGCCUCCCACUGUCCUUGCAGUGAAAGAAUUCUCUUGGCAGAAAAGAACUGGAUUGUUAAUUGGUUUGGAAGAAACAGAAGGGAGUGUUCUCUGUCUUUAUGACCUUGGGAUUUCAAGAGUAGUUAAAGCAGUUGUCCUUCCUGGAAGGGUAACUGCCAUUGAACCCAUAAUUAAUCAUGGAGGAGCCAGUGCAAGUACUCAGCAUUUGCACCAGAGCCUUCGAUGGCUUUUUGGUGUGGCAGCUGUGGUUACUGAUGUUGGGCAGGUCCUUCUCAUUGAUCUGUGUUUGGAUGACUUGUCUUGCAGUCAAAAUGAGAUAGAAGCAUCAGAUCUCGAAGUUAUAACUGGCAUCCCAGCUGAAGUACCACACAUCAGAGAAGGUGUGACCCGAGAGGGAAGACAUCUCUGUUUCCAGUUACUAAGCCCAUCAGGAACAGCAGUCUCAACCCUUAGCUACAUAAGCAGGACCAACCAACUUGCUGCAGGUUUUUCUGAUGGCUGUCUAGCCCUUUGGAACAUGAAAACUUUGAAAAAGGAGUAUUAUGCCCAAUUAGAAGGAGGAAGAGUACCUGUUUAUGCUGUUACUUUCCAAGAACCUGAAAAUGAUCCUCGAAAUUGCUGCUACUUAUGGGCUGUUCAGUCUACACAAGAUAGUGAGGGAGACGUUUUGAGUUUGCACCUGCUUCAGCUGGCCUUUGGUGAUAGAAAGUGCUUGGCAUCAGGACAGAUCCUAUAUGAGGGGUUAGAAUACUGUGAAGAGAGAUACAGCCUGGAUCUCACAGGUGGUAUAUCUCCUUUGAGAGGUCAGGCUAGCAACACCAAACUCUUGGGAUGCCAGAGCAUAGAGAAAUUUCGAAGUCACAUCGACAGGGAGGAAGGCAUGAAUGAAGUUCUGUCUCCUGACACCAGUGUUUCAGUCUUCAGCUGGCAGGUGAAUACGUAUGGACAAGGAAAACCAUCUACAUAUUUAGGUCUUUUUGAUAUAAAUCGUUGGUAUCAUGCACAAAUGCCAGAUUCUUUAAGGCCAGGAGAAUUUCUUCACAGUUGCUCUUAUUUUGCACUGUGGUCAUUGGAUUCUGUAGUGAGUAAGACUUCUCCACAUUGCAUCUUGGAUAUCUUGGUACAUGAAAGAAGUUUGAAUCGAGGUGUUCCUCCUUCAUACCCACCUCCUGAGCAGUUUUUUAAUCCCAGUACUUACAAUUUUGAUGCUACUUGCUUGUUAAACUCAGGAGUAGUUCACUUGACUUGCACUGGCUUUCAGAAGGAGACCUUGACCUUUUUAAAGAAAUCAGGACCUUCUUUGAAUGAAGCCAUUCCUGAUGGUUAUAAUAGAUGUCUUGUGGCUGGCCUCCUUUCUCCAAGACUUAUUGAUGUACAGCCUUCCAGCUUAAGUCAGGAAGAACAGUUAGAAGCUAUAUUGUCAGCAGCUGUUCACACCAGCUCCUUAGGACUCCUAACUGGAUGCAUCAAAAGAUGGACAACAGAAGAACGACCAAGUUCUGCUGCUAAUUUGCGCUUUGUUCUUGAGUGGACGUGGAAUAAAGUGGUUUUUACAAAAGAAGAAUUUGAUCGAAUAUGUGCUUCCUUAUUUGAUGGUUCUUGUCAUUUCAUUGAUCCACAAACUAUCCAGUCUCUGCAGCAGUGUCAGUUGCUUCUUAGCAAUCUUAGCACGGUCUUAAACUGCUUUUUAUCAGAGGCUCAAGAGCUCACGGAGAGAGGUCUGGUGGACUUAACCAAUAAGCAGAUGGUUACUAACCUUAUCUCUCAAUAUGCACAAGUGGUUCUUUGGUUUUCUCGUUCUGGCCUCUUACCAGAGGGUUUAGAUGAUCCUAUGCAGUUGUCAAGAUUAUGGUACAACUACCCUGUAAUUCAGAGCUACUACACCAGUCGUCGACAGAAGCUUCAGCGUCUGGCAAGAGGGAAGUGGAACUCUGACUGUUUGAUGAUUGAUGGAAUGCUUUCCCAGUUAGGGGAUCGAAUUGAGAAGUUGUGGCAGCGGGAUGAAGGAGGCACAGGAAAAUACCCUCCUGCUAGCCUACAUGCACUUCUUGAUGUAUACCUACUGGAAAAUGUUGAUGAAACAAAUAAACAUGCUAUUACCAUUUAUUUGUUGCUUGAUAUCAUAUAUUCUUUUCCAAAUAAAACAGAUACUUCAGUUGAAUCGUUUCCAACUGCCUUUGCAAUCCCUUGGGGUCUGGUUAAACUUAUUCAAGGUUUUUGGCUUAUAGAUCAUAAUGACUAUGAGAGUGCUUUGGAUCUCUUAUUUCAUCCAGCUACAAUAAAGUCUAUGACAUGGCAACAUACAAAGAUUAUUCAGGCCUUCAUGUGCCAAGGUGAACAUAAACUAGCCCUUAGAUACAUUCAGACAAUGAAACCAUCUGUGUCAAGCAGCAAUGAGGUUAUGCUUCACCUCACUGUUUUGCUUUUCAAUAGGUGUAUGGUUGAGGCUUGGAGUCUCUUGCGACAACAUUCAAACAGAUUAAAUGUAGAGGAAUUACUUAAACACAUGUAUGAAGCCUGCCAGGAAAUGGGCUUAAUGGAAGAUUUGCUGAAAUUACCAUUCACAGACACUGAACAAGAGUGUUUAGUGAAAUUUUUGCAGUCCAGUGCUGGUGUUCAGAAUCAUGAAUUACUUUUAGUUCACCAUUUACAGCGUGCCAAUUAUAUACCUGCACUGCAGCUGAAUCAGUCUCUGAAGGUUAAUCUCUUGAAUGAUCGUGAUCCUCGUUUGAGGGAGAGGUCAGUUGCUAGAAAUUCCAUACUAGAUCAGUAUGGGAAGAUACUCCCUAGAGUACAGCGAAAGUUAGCCAUGGAACGAGCCAAACCCUAUCAUUUGUCAUCUUCCGUUUUUCGAGAAGUUUCUAGGCCCAAGCCACUAUCUACUGUUGCAAAACAAACUGCAGCCGGGACCAUACUAACAAGAGCAGCCUUUAUCAAUAAUGUAUUAUCAAAAAUUGGAGAGGUUUGGGUUGGGAAUGAAUUGAAAAAUAACUUAUCCCCUUACAAUAGCCCUAAAAUUGAAGAACCUUCUCCUGUAGUGUACUCUCUCCCAGAUACAGAAUUGCCUGAUGCAUUUGUUGGAACACCAAUUACAAAAGCAUCAGAAAAAAUUUCCAGACUAUUGGAUUUGGUUGUUCGUCCUAUUCCUCAGCCCUCUCCUAAUUUGGAAUAUAAUCAGCUUAGUCCAGCAAGAGCUAUGGUAUACAUAACAUCUAAUUCAUUGCCAUCAACAUCACAGUUAACAGGGUUAUCUGAGAACAUUACAAGAGCAUCUGAAUUAAAUUUACUUGAAACCCCUCUUGUGGUGAAGAGAGCUAAAGCUUUGGCCACAUCUAUUUCUGCUGCUGGAUUUCCUGAGUUUACUCCCCAUUCCAUCCUAAGGUCUAGUCUUCGUACGACACCUUUAGCAUCUCCUUCUGGGUCACCGGGAAGAUCUGUUACCCCUCCUCCACGUGCAAAAGAAACUAGGAUCUCCUUCAUGGAAGAAGAUGUAACUACAAAAUGGAAUACUGGAGUUACCGAAGACAGUAAAGCAAAAUUAUUUGUACCCUCACCUUUGCAUAAAUGUGGAGUUCAUUCAGAGAAUGUGUGGCUGAAGAGCAAAAAUAAGACUUCACCUUUGGUCCCUAGUGGCCACAGAGAGGAACAUGAAGAGGCAAUUGAAUUAACACAGAAUUCACCCAUGGAAAACCCAGAGAAAUUAGAAGUGACUAAAGAGAACAGCAGUAUUCCUACCGAAUUAGCCCAAACCAACUCAGAGUAUGAGGCUGCUCCAUUGCCAGAUGACAUUGAAGAUGAAGAUGAUAUUAUUUUCAUUUUUUCCAAGCCAGCAAACAUUUCAGCUGACUUAACUGGUGAUUUAGAAGUGCAAAACAAAAAGGAAGAUGACGAAGAAGGUGCUGGGCCAGAAAUAAUAUUUUCAGAGACAGAGGAGCAAAAUGGUGAUUUAAAAGAGGAUGAAAACAAAUUGGCAUCAGUUUCAAUAGCUGGAAUUUCAGAAUUAAAUCACCCAAGCUCCUUUCAGUUUUCUGAGCCUUCACCUUGUGCCUUAUCAGACCAUGAAAGGGAAAUCUUCACCGAGGAGCCCAAGUUGCCACUUUUGGAUGAAAAGCAGUUAUCUGAUGAAAUAUGUACCACCACUGUUGGAAUAACAGGAGCAAAUAAUGAACCUGUGAUGAGUGUCCUGCAUGUCAGUGAAAGUUCUGUGCCUGUUACUUCUGAAACUCCUACAACCGAUACCUCUGAAAAUAGACUUAAACAAGAAAUAGCCUUAGAUUUAAAGGAAGAUUGUGAAAUAGAGAUUGAUGCACCAGAAGAAAAUGCUAAUUUACCAGAAGAAAAACCAUCAGUUUCUGACAGUUCUGAAUCUCAAGAAAUUCAUGUGAUUGAACAUGCAGGAGUUGAAGCCUUGGCAUCAGGAGAAGAGACUAGAACACUUUCAUUGAAUGAGUUGUAUCCUUCAAGAACUCUAAAACUUCAGUAUAACUUUGAUACCAUUGAGCAACAGUUCACUUGUGGCAUACCUGAUAGCAAAGACUCUGCUGAAUGUGACAUGGCUGAAGUGGAUGGAGAGCUUUUUGUGGCUCAGAGCAACUUUACCUUGAUAUUGGAAGGUGAAGAAGGAGAGGUUGAAACAGGAGAUUGUGCCCCAUCUGAUGUGUCAACUAAAACAACUAAUAUAGCACCUGAGAAGGAGAAAGAUCAUAAUGAUGACAGUGAUAAACAUGGGCAUGUUAAAGAUUUGGCACCUGUCAGAAUAAAUGAUCAGGAAUCCCAAAAUGUUGUGGAAACAUUACCAUAUGUGCCAGAACCAAUUAAGGUAGCUAUUGCUGAAAAUUUACUAGAUGUCAUUAAAGACACAAGGAAUAAAGAAUUUGCUUCCGACACAGUAGAACAAACUAUCCUUGAAACCAUGCCUUUAAUAACUCAGAAGGUAAAGCGUUCCUCCAAGGCAGAGAAGGAAACAAGUUUAGUCGAUUUAAAUGAUAGUCAGGGCAGUGACAUGAUACCUUCCAGAACACGAACAAGAGGACAAAGCGUCAAAAAUCUAAAGGCCAGAUCAACACUUGAGGAGAAGGCCUCAGACAUUCCAACACCUGAAGUACUAGAGCUUUCUGCUAUAAAGAGAAGUACUAGGAAAACAAAAGAAAAAUCUGAGAUAUCUGAAAGUGCCUUUGCUGAAAUUGAAGCAGCCUCUCAGAAAGUAUCCCAGGAUUCUGUUACUCCUAGAAGAGGAAGGAAAAAAAAUGUUAAUUUGGAUACAUUAAAAAUUGCUAUUGAACAGGAAUUACAAGCUUCCACAACUUCACGGAGAGAAUUGAGAAUGAAAUCAUCUCAACUUUCUGAAUCAUCAAGUGAAGAAACUCCCUAUAGUAAAGAAGGUAAGCUUCUUCCUGCUACAAGAAGAACUUUGAGAAGAACAAAAAAAUCUGUAGAGGAGCCAGAAAGUAGUGAAUUAUUAAAUGACCAGAACAUUAAACUAGCAGCCAGUCCUAGCAGAAGUAGGAGGAAAUUGAGAAGUGAUAAUAUGAAACUCUCUGAAAAUGUUGGUCCUAAUCAAGAUGAUGCACCCAGUGAAGAGAAGCCCCCUGUCCAACAGAGUGGGAGAAGCAGAAGGAGAGUGAAUAACACCUCAGUAUCUCCAGAACAUUCUAAACUUGAUUUAUCUGAAUUGACUAUUGAAACAGAAUUUAAGACACCGGCCACACCUAGGAAACGUGGCAGACCAAGAAGAGUAAAUCCACCAGAGGUUAAAGAAAUUCAAGAAGUUAGUACGGAGGAGACACAAUCUCCUCUUACCCCAAGAAGAUCUUCAAGAAUCACACCAGGUAAAACUGGUAAUAAUAAUCUUGGAAAACUAACUUUAGAAAACAACCCUUUAUCACCAAAAGGAGGACUGACUACAACAUUGAGCUCUAAAAGGAAGUUGACAAAAGUGACUGAAAGUCAAAGGAGAAAAAAUAAACUUCCUUCAAUAUCAGAAGGGAGCACAGAUGAAGAAAUUAUUCUCACAGACUCCAAAAGCAAAGAAAUACUGCGUGCUGAUAAUGGUUUGACGAACUCUUCUCGUAAUACAAGGACUAGAUCCAGCAAGACUAUUAUUUUUCCUAACUUUUCUGACCCCCAAACUGAGUCUUUUUUAUUUUCUUCACCUGUUUCAAAAGUUUCAAGGAAGACAAGAGCUCAGAAAAUAGAAACCACUGUACAGUUGAAGGACCUAGUUUCAGAUUUGUCCUCUCAAUUUGUCUUCUCACCCCCUACUUUGAGGACCACAAGAAGACAGGCAUCUGAACUUUCACGGAUUGUAAAAGAAAUGGAAUCACCAGUUGAAAAUGACUCAAAAUCAGGAGAAACCAUGGAAAAGCACAAAGCAAAACGAAUCAGGACAACAAAAACAAAAGCAAGCAAAACCACAGAAAAAGAAGGUUCUUGGUCACCUCCCCCUGUGGAAAUCAAGCUGAUUUCUCCCUUGGCAACCCCAGUUGAUACACCCAAGAGAAAACCAAGAAGGACUACAGAAACAACAGAAAAAGCUGUUGGAAGGAGCAGAAGGAAACUGUCUUCCUUUCCAAAGCAAGUUUUACGCAGGAAGAUGCUGUAAUUUUUUUUUCUUGUUUUUAAUGUACACCCCAGUUUGUAAAGUCAUCAGAAUUGUGUGGAUUAUUAAAAAUCAUCUAAUUUGGAAAAGAAUAAUUUAUAUAAAUUAUUGUAAAUUUUCAUAAAUAAAUGGUCUUCAAUAAGUAAAGUAACUCCAUAUGGAGUAUGAUUCCUUCAGUCACAUGCAGUUUUUUCUAUUUUAUAUUAAGACUUCAUACAUUUAUAUAAUAUGUAAAUACAGCUUAUUAUUGGAAUGUUAAAUAAACUGUAUACUUCACAAUAUGUUUUCAAAUUGUUGAGAGGAGUUGAAUGUGUAUUACUGUUACAAUUUUAUGGACUUGUAAUAACUACUACUUUUUUUACAACUCAUUAAUUUGUGAUUUAAAAUUUCUCUUAAAUGAGGAUGAUUGAAUUAUUGGUUUAGUUCGGGGGCAGUUGAUUAUCCCAAUAAGGGUGAGACUGGGAGGCCAUUGUAUUAAGCAGUUAAAAGGUCAUUAGUAAAUUAUUUAUAGCUUUUGAUUUUGACGAAGGAGGAAUGCCUUUAUUAUCUAACAUGCUCAAAUUCCUGAGUAAUACAGUGGUUGCUAUAUACAGUGGCAUGUCCAGUUUAGUACACUUAGACUUUGCAUUUUCAAAUGCUUAAUCAUUCAGAGCCUGGUUACCCUUAUUGAAUUGGCUAGUUCAUCGAUCAAUAACAUUUCCUCAAGAACACAUGGGAAAAGGUAGGGGAGGAGGUUUGAAAUAAUUUUUCCCCACUUUACAAUUACAAUUCAUUAAAUACUAUACUUUAUUUCUAGCAUUGUGCUAAGUAUUUUGAGAAAUACAGAUACUUGUUUCACUGUCCUUGCACUCAGGGAAGCUUAUAUCAUCUGUAGUCUUGCAGAGACAUAGUAUUUUUUAACCCUUUAUUCAGGAGUAGUAGCAUGGUGCUGAUGGACACAGUAGAAGAGGCUAGAAAAUGUUGACUCAGUUCACAGAGAGAGUACAAGUAAUGAAGUACUUAAAAAGAACAACCCUUUCGUCUCUAGAAUGUAUCUGAGCAAAGUUUAAUUGGUGGUGACCCAGAAUCCAUGAAUAAACUAGAGUUAUAGAAGAUUGCCUAAAAAUAAUUUAUAGCAUGUAACUGAUAGUUUACAAUGACUCCAUUAAAAAUUAAUCAUCUGGAAAGUUGGCAGACAUUUUCAUACCAGGUUGGGUUAGUGUAAGUUAGAAGUGCUUUUCUUAACUGUAUUUUUCUCCCAGAAACCAUAAAAAGAAUGAAAAGAUAAUGGAAAUACCAAGCAUGGACAGUGUAAAAGUUGCAGUUCGAGUUCGGCCUUUCAAUCAGGUAAAUACUUUGUGCUAAUCAAAAAUUUCAUACUGAUUUCGACUUAAUGGUAACAGAAAUCAGCCUUCUCUUUAAGCUGUUUAUUUGGAUGGUCUAGACUUGUUUAAAUACAUUCUCUGAGUAGCGUAUUCCAGAAGUAUCAUUUAGCCUUAAUGUCAGGUAAAACUUGCUAACAAUUAGAAUUGUUGAAAAAUAAUAUGGAAGGUGGGUUUCUUAACCUUGGAGGUCUUCAAGCAGAGGCUGAAUGACCCUUCAUCAGGUAUCAUGAUGGGGAUUUGCUUUAAGGUACAAGUUGAACCACACCAUUGAUGUCCCUUCUACCUCUCCAGUUUUGUGAUUUUGUAAUUUAUUUAAACACAAGUAUAUUCAUUAGAAAAAGCAACACAAUAGAAAGUAAUCUAAUGUUAGUCUGUCAGUUAAUUUUUUGGAUGUAAAGAAAAUAUUUCAAGACAGCCUUUCACAUAUGGUAAAGUAGGAUUUAUGAAACAAAAUUGUGGAAUGAAAAUUUUUCCUUCCAUACUUUUUUCAGUCCAGAAGUGGAUUAACCAAUUUUAAACUUUAUGCUCUUUUAAUAAAUCACAAAAACUUAACAUGCUUUGCAAAAACUUUAAAAGACUAUCCUUAGAAGAUGUUGAUUCGAUUUGAGAAUUUGCCAAAUAUCCAACUUGGGACUAGAACCCCUAUUUGAGUAAAAUGUAGUAAGUAUUUUUAAUAGUAAAAGUUGUUACGGCUUUUUUCAUAAAAGUACAUUUUGUUUUAUUGGUUUUAAUGUCAGUUUUCUCAGUGAUUAUAUGAUACCUUGUCACUAACCUACUAUUGUAAAGAACCUUUGAACUGAUUAUGAGGAAAAACAGUUAUUUUUUGGAGUUAA